AUGACAUGCUCUGCUGCUGAUCUCAAAUGUGGAUGGACAGGUUUACGUAAUCAACUUGAUGAACAUAUUGCCCAUUGUACCUUUGAAUUAAUGAGACCUAUUCUUGGUCAAUUGCCUAUUAUGGCAGAGCAAAUGGAACGAAUUCAGAACGACAAUCACGAGUUUCAAUUACAAGUAAAUGGACUGGUACAUCGAUGCAAACAACUUGAAAUGAAAAUAAAUGGAUCUUGCAUGAUUCCAUUACGCGCUGCUGAAUUUGAUAUCAAUGCUAAAUGGACAACAAAUGGUUUGACUCUGAUAGGAGGCCAUGGACGAGGAAAUGGACUCAAUCAGCUCUCUCAUCCUCAAGGUUUAUAUUUAAAUGAUGAACAAACAUUCUAUGUAGCUGAUUUUUCUAACCAUCGUAUCGUUGCAUGGAAAUUAGGCGAAACAAAUGAAACAGUCGUUGCCGGUGGAAAUGGAGUAGGAAAUAGAGAUGAUCAAUUGAAUUAUCCAACUGAUGUCAUCGUUGAUAAAGAGAAUGAUUGUCUUAUCAUUUGUGAUCGGGAAAAUCGACGAGUAGUUCGAUGGUCUCUUCGAGAUUCAACAAGUGGAGAAACAAUCAUUUCGGAUAUUAGUUGCAACUGUUUGACAAUCGACGAUAAUAAAUCCUUCUAUAUCACUGAUAUUGGCAAUCAUGAAGUUAGACGAUGGCGUUUGGGAGAAACUCAAGGGGUAGUGGUGGCUGGCGGAAAUGGACCAGGUAAUCGUCUCGAUCAGCUCAAUUAUCCUACCUUCGUGUUCGUUGAUCGCGAUCAUUCAGUAUACGUGUCAGACUAUUAUAAUCAUCGUGUGGUAAAAUGGACAGAGAAUGCCAAAGAAGGAAUAGUUGUUGCAGGUGGUCAAGGCGAAGGCAGUUCCCUUAAACAAUCACAUUAUCCUGGAGGAGUCAUUGUUGAUCAGUGGGGCACUGUUUAUGUGGCAGAUAGUGAAAGUCAUCGAGUUAUGCGUUGGCAAAAAGGUGCGACAGAAGGAAAAAUCGUUGCUGGUGGAAAUGGCAGAGGAGCACAACCGAAUCAACUCAAUCGUCCAGCGGGAUUACUGUUUGAUAAAUAUGGAAAUCUCUUUGUCGCAGAUCAUGGAAAUCAUCGAGUACAAAAGUCUGAAAUUGUGACAUCAUGUUCUUGA